UGACAUCGUUCCGCAAGAAAAAAGACAACCGAAACGUCACCAGCUUUGUUGCGCGACAUUCUUUCACCUUAUCCUUGAUUAAAUGUCACUUUAAUGGCGCUUUAACGUCUUAAGCGGUUUCACACCCGCCGUGACCUGCUGACAUCGGGCAGUCUUUAUUGUUCAGUGUCCACGUCCGCUUCCUGCCAUGUCUCGCAACCAGCGCCACCGAUCAUCUCUGUCUGACGCCGACCUCUGGUCUUCUCUGGGAUCCACCAGUUUUUCAGACCGCCGUCGCCCCUCACCAGACCACGAUUUGUAUAGGUCCCACUCAGAGUCCGGACUGUUGCCCUUAUCCUCCUCCUCCUCCUACCGUUUGUCUUCCUCAUCCCGAAGCUCGCCAACGGUCAGCGCUCACAGCCUCCUGAGCAGCUGCGGUCUGGAACCCGAUGACUUGUCGCUCCUUGCUGAGCUUCCUGAAGACGCCUUGACUCUGGAGUCGCUGCCACAACUCCUCCAUCAGAUUAAAUCCAACAGAAGUCCGCUCCAGCCUCCUCCUGCUUCUUUGUCUCACUUGCCAAGCUUGGCAAACCGGAGAGACUGGCAAGAUCGCAGGAGGAAUCCCAGAAGAUAUGGUUCUGUCUCCCAGAGGGACCCCCCUUCGUCAUCGUCAACCUACUACGAUGUGGACAGCAGGCUUGCCCAUUCCGGGCAAGACGCCCAACCAGGAAGACCAGCAAAAAACAUUCCCUCCCUUUUCUCCCUGCCUGGCCCGGCUAACAUGUUCUUUGUGCCUCCCAUGGAGCGCCAACUGAGAACUGAGUGGGAAGGUCUUCCCGACACCUCUUCCAAUGAGCCCAUCGGUGGCGCCAUGCCCUGCAAAAGAGAAGCACAAGACUUCCAUGGCACGGCUCCCGGGACCUACCCGUAUUCGUGUUCUCUGUGUAAUGUCACUGUACUCUCAGAGAAGAACUGGAACAAACACAUCAACAACCCCCACCAUGCAGAUCGACAACUCCGACUACUGCAGCGCUUUCCGAUGUGGGACUGCCGCUUGGAGACAUUCAGCAGUUCUGCCAGCCAAUCAGAGAGGAAGAGAGAAGACAGCAACAGGUUGCGUCCCGUUAAGACUGUGGCGAAGAAGGCGGCCAGAAGAAGCAAUGUGGUGUGCGUCAAGUUUCCCCCUCAGUCCGUGGACGAGUCAUACCUCAGGAAACUUGCAGAACCCUUCGGCAAGAUCACCAACAUCCUUGUGUUUGGCUCGCUAGCCUUUUUGGAGAUGGGCUCCGUCGACCAGGCAAAGGAGUUUGUGAAGUCUCACAGCCAAAGCCCUUUUAAUGUGAACGGACAGCAAAUUGACGUCAGCAUCUCCAACUCCUUCAACUUUAUGAAGAGGUGUCGCGUGCUCCACUUCUCGCCGCCGCCAGAAGGAGACGACGACAGGUCAGACCUCCUCAGUGUCGUCAAACGCUUCGGGCAGCCUUUCUACACGCUCUUCCUGCCAUCCGGGGCGUUUAUUGAGAUGACAUUUCUUAAGGAUGCUCAGAAGUUGAGAGAUUAUUAUUCCACCAACACCCUGAAGAUCAACGGCAAAGUCCUCAAAGUUUCCUUCUCCGCAGAAUACUCAAGUCUCAUGAAGGUUUCAUCUGCUGAACGCUACCAAGAAGAAUCAACCAAGAGGACGAGGAGCAGACAUGAAGACACCCUGUCCAGUGAGUCCAGAAAGAGAAGGAAAGAAGAUCAUAGGUCCAAGUCCCGUGAGAGGAGAGCCCGGUCCAAGUCUAGGGAGCGAAAGGCUAAGUCCCAGUCCCAAGAGAGAUCCAGCAGUUCCAUUUCUAAGAUGACUGAAGAAGAGAAACCUGCGACAGCUGAGUCCAGUUCUGCUUCUGCUGCAGCUCCGCUAAAACCCUCAGAAGAUGGACACAAAGACCAAAGCAUCUUGGAUGACUUCUCUGAAGAGGAGAGCGACAUUGAAGGGAUGGAGGUGAUCGGUGAGGAUGGAGAGGACUUGGAGGCAGAUGACAUGGAAACGCUGGAGGAAGCUGAGGAAGAAAUGGAAAAGGAGGAAGAAGCUGACAUGGAAGACGAAUGGCCUGGACCUGAAGGACCUCAAGUUGUGGUUUCAGGUGAAGAAGAGGAUGAGGACUGUGAGGCCGAUGGUGGGAAGUGUGGUGAAGAGCAACAUUCCAACAAGAAAGAGCCAGAAGACGAGAUCCCAGUGAGUCUAGAAGACUGCAUCACCGUGGAUGAAGUGGGACAGGAGCACAUCCACCACAAAGGUCAAGACGACGACCAGCAGCAAGUAUCUCGAGUGGUCUUCUUCAACAACCUGCCGGCACGCUACUGUAACGCCAAAAACUUCAUCGCUUUGUCCAAGGGACUGGGGAGGCAGGUGUGCUACAUCCUGUUGCACGCCCAAAAGAAGGGUUUCAUAGAGAUGUCCAGCACUGCGGAGGCUGUGAGAGUCGCCAAUGAACUCAACGUCUUCUUCAAAAAGACGCGAACUGUCGUCCUGAUCUCCAAUAAAUAUCAACGCCUAACUCAAGGGAAUAGGAUUCCCAACCCAGACCAGCCCAAGAGUGAAAGUAGCAGACGGAGUGACCAGCACAAAGACUCCAGGACAAAAGACAAAGAAUCCCAACACAGUAGGAAGAAGUCUUCCAGAUCAUCCCCGGAGGAAGAAAAGGAAAAGUCUAUCAAAAAGGCACAUGAGAAACAAUCAGCAUCCAGAAAAACUUCAGAGAGUGAGUCCAAGACUGGGAAGAGUCAGCAGAAAGAAUCGGAAUCAGAGAAGACCCAAAAGCAGUCAUUUGGCAGGAAGGGUCAGGAGAAUAGUUCGAGUCAAGACCAAGUAUCAGAUUCUAGGAAGACCCUGGAGACCGAGUCAGAGGGAGGAAAGUCUCAGAAGAUUGAGCCCAAAAAGACUGUAGAUGCGCUACAGAAAUGUGGAGAGACGCCAGAGAGAGGUGUUUCCUCGAAGGCGUCAGAGGACAUCAGUGCCAUCAAACAGCCUGAAAUAAUGGACUCCAGGAAGCAGGAAAGUCUGGAUGGGUUGUGUGAGACGUUGACGAUAAAAGCACCCCAUGAGGAUGACUCUGUGCCUAAAAAGACAAGCCAAAUGUCAGGUGAAAGUUCAGAGAAGAAGCCCUCUGAAGCACAGGCAGCUGAUUUGGCAGAUAAGUCACAUCAGGAAGCUGCCAAUGGACCUACAGGUGCCACCACAACACCUCUCCAGCCUGUUGGGACCGAGUUUGUGCGUCCGGUGGUCGGGUACUUUUGCAACUUGUGUCAGCUCAUCUACGCUGACGAAGACGAGGCCAAAGUGCAACACUGCAGCAGCCGCCAGCACCAUGACAAGUAUCAGGAGAAGAUGAAAAUGGUGAGCUGAAAGAAAUCUUUUGUCAACUUUUUUGCAUUUUAAUGUCACUAACUCUUUCACAAUAAAGCUUUGUGACGAGUUUGAGUGUAAAACAUUUAUUCUAAAACAUUCAAACAAUGAACAGAAUCACAAAGGCUGAACCAUACGGACUUUCUAGUCUUUUAGGCGGAGCGCAUCCUGACACUUUCAAACUGAGAUAUUUGAACUACAGGAAGUGUGACUGGAUCAUGUGACUGCUAGGGGGACAACAAGGUAUGUGAUGAAGCAGAGUCCGCCUGCUUGUCCUUUAAUGUGCAAUGUAAAUAUCAGCAGUCUGCGUCUAAACAAAAAUUAUGAAAAAGUAUCAACACAAAAGUCGACUCAACGUUUGUUGGGGGAAAAAAAAAUGAAGUCACGCGUCAGCCUUCUUUGCUCGCUUCUUCUCCGCCUUGCUUUUUUCCUUCUCCAAAUGUUUCUGGAACAACAAACAUCAAGGUGACAUUACGGCCAAUUUUGUCAUGUUGACACAUGUUGUGAUCGGAGCCUCACCUGCAGCUUGUCGUAGUGCAUCUGGCUGCUGCAGUGUGUUUUCUUGGCCAUGUCCUCGUUAGAGUAAAACAGCAGGCAGACACGGCAGUAAUACCCCAUCUUGAUGUGUUCCAGCCCUGCACACAAACACAUUUAGACGCCUUCGCCAGGACGACAAGGAAGACUUUUGUUGCUGUUUGCUCACCGAUUGGUCUAUUAGGGUCGAAUGGUGGCAGCGGUAGAGAUGCAGCGCUCGGUUUGGUUUCAGCCAACGGAGCUGACAUCUGUUUGUCCUGAUUGGCUGAUGUCUCCAUGGCGAUCUGCUCCUCCUCCUGUGUCGGCUGCAUCACAAUGACACGUCAGGUGACCAAGAUCAACAUGUCAACGCUAGUCUCAGAUGAACACAAACAAUGGACUUACUUCCGGCUUCAGAUUCAGAAGACAUGGAAUGUUCUCUGUGGUGUCCAUGUCUGUCUUUUGAUUCGGGCCUGACACCUCCUCUUCGACCAGAGGUUUCAUUUCCUCCUGUUCCGCUUGAGGUUUGAUUUGCGCCUCAUCCGCUAAGACCGCUUUGUCUUCCUGAGGUUGCAUGGGCUCCUCAUUCUCCUCGACCGCCGAAUCUUGAGGUUUCAUGUGUUCCUCGUCCUCCGUGACGGACCCUUCCUCUUGAGGAUUCAUGUGCUCCUCCUCUUGAGGUUUCUUUUGCUCCUCUUCCUCCUUGUCCGCCACCUCCUCUUGAGGUUUCUUUUGCUCCUCUUCCUCCUUGUCCGCCACCUCCUCUUCAGGUUUCUUUUCCUCCUCUUCCCCCUUGUCCACGGCCUCCUCUUGAGGUUUCUUUUCCUCCUCUUCCCCCUUGCCCGCCACCUCCUCUUGAGGUUUCAUUUGCUCGUCCUUGUCCGCCACCUCCUCUUGAGGUUUCAUUUGCUCGUCCUUGUCCGCCACCUCCUCUUGAGGUUUCAUUUGCUCGUCCUUAACCGCCUCAUCUUCUUGAGGUUUCAUUUGCUCCUCUUCAUCCUUGGGUUUGUCUUUCUUGAUUUUCUUGGCUGGAGGUUCCUCUUCUGGAUGUUUGGCUGAUUUCGAAGGCGAGCUACUCGUCUCCCUCUUGACAGCACUGAUACACUGAUGUCUGCACAAACAGUGAGCAGACCAGAACAGCUGACUGAUGCGGAGACACAACUGAACAGGAAGUAGCUAUCAAAGCAAAGCGUGGGCCUGCAGGCACACAUCUAUCAACUUUCAACACUCACCCAUACUUGAGCUGCGUGUACUUCCUGCUCACAUAGACGAGCAGUCGUCUACCAUUUAACUUUGGUUGGUUGGCUUUGUAAGCUUCGGCCAUUUCAUACGCGUCCUCUGCCCUCUCCAUCUCCAGGAAACACUUAACACAAAGACAAGCGUCGCUCGAUACCCUGAGCAUGUCAAGUCUGCAGUGAUAUUUCACCAAUGACAACGCUCCUUACCUCUCUCUUGAUGCGGUUCAGGAAGUACUUUCUGACUUUGCCGUAGGGGUGCGCCAGUUUGAAGACGUCCUCGUCUAAGUAUUUGCUGUUGGGCAGCUGACCCACAUACACCACCCUGCUGACGCCGCACUGCAAGAACAGGAAGUGAGGUCAGCGUGUUUUAGCACAGGUGCGAUCCACAAUGAGGUGACCUUCACCUGGAUGGUCGGGUAGGUCAUGGAAAGGUUGACCCGCACCGGGCGCCCGCAUACGGACGCAGAAACGUUCCCGUUGUAAAACUUGACCAUUGCCCGUGCUUCUUUCUCUGUGGCAAACUGAAGGAAGGCCUGGAAGGAAAGAGACCUCGUUGUUUAUUAUGUUGGCAGCAGGUGAGUCCACAAUGGUCCACUCUAACCUCAGGUCUCCGGUCCAGGACCAGGUGCUUCACCAGCUUCCCAAAAGGUUUAGCCAGCCCCAGCAACUCAUCCAGGAAAUUGUAUCCACGUCUGAAUCCCAGGACGUUGACCACCCUCAGCCCCUGACAGGAGGGAAAUGGUCACGUCCCAUCGUACAGGAAGUUGGCCACGUUACACUGAUUGACUGGCCGUGUGAGCAGGGUCAGAGGUCGUGCAGAUACAUACCCCUCUCCUGGACGUGUCUGCAGGGAGAGAGAGAAGACAAAAGGUGAGUCCCAAGCAUCUUCAUCAGUCAUGUGAUGGGCUUACCUAUGUCUUCAGAAUGAUGUCCUUCAUUUUCAGCCAACUCCUCCUCCUCCUCAUCAGGGAGUUCAUCCAGCGUCACAAACUCCUCCAUGUUCUCCAGGAAGUUCCGGUCCUGAAAAGUCACGCAUUAAGCUUUGAUGUUGACCUCACAAUGCCGUGUCAGAUGUCUCCUUGGGGGAGCUACCUGCUCAGGCUCGUGUUCUUCAGCACUUCCCGCUUCUGCUUUCUGCUCCUCUGGCUCCUCCCCCUGCUCAGCCUUGACAGGAGCACUGACCACAUCGGUAGGAGUCUCACCCGUGACACCGUCUUCAUCAUCAGGAACCUGGGAUGAUGUUACCUUGAGAACACUGGUCCAGUUAAGGGUGACAGGUUUUUUUGGAUAUCUCACCUUCUCCUGAACGCCCUCUUCGGUUUCCUCUGGCUCCACCCCCUCUGUACCUGCCUCGCUUGUAUUCUCGUCCCCCUCCACCACUCCGGACACUUCCUCCCCUUCUUUGUCCUCCUCAUCCUCUGAAGAAGACUUGGCUAUGUGCUCAUCAUCUCUGCUCCUGGAAGGCGAUGUAGAUGUGUUUCUGGAUGCCGAGUAGCUGCUGUUGGCUCCGCCCCUCCGACUGUUCCCUGCAGCUCCUUCCUGUCUGCGAUUGAUGCUGCAUCACAGAGGAAGAAAUGUGAAUCUGAGUCCUUUAAUUCAGGUUGAGGUGUCACUAUGGCAACCAGGUUUUUUGACUGACUUGAGGGUCUUGUACUUGGUGCAGAUGUUGAUGCGGAUGGCUCGACCUUGGAUGGUGAGGGGGUUGACAGUGUAGUACUUGACCAUCAUCUCUGCAUCGUCUGACGUUCCCAACUGGACGAACGCCUGGAGGAUACAACGGCAUUAGUUCAUGUGGGCAGGAAGUGACCACGUGUGUGUGUGUCAAAGUGUCACCUGAUUGGUCAAGAAGAGAUGCUUCUCAACCACGCCAAAGCGAGCGGCGAUGGUCAGUAGUUCCUCCUUCUGGUCUUCUUCUCUGGGCAGGUUGGAGAAGAACACCACCUUACUGCCUCGUCCUUUGCUCUCCCAGGAGAGCCUGUCACUCUGCCUGUCGGACGAGCGCUGGUCUUUCUAUGGGCACCACAAAAGAGGCGUGUCAAGAACUUUGCGGCAGUGGUGGUGUCCUGGCGGUGGUGGUGGCGUCACCUCUAUGACCAUCAGCCGUCUAGAUAGGUAGAAGGUGACAGGCUUCCCGUAGAGCAUAGCCGGCUUCAACUGGUAGUAGUUGACCAUGUCCUGCGCUUCUUCGUGACGCUCCAUCUCCAAGAAAGCCUGUGGACACAAACACCAUGGAUGUUGUAGACUACUAUAGUGCCGAGUGGGCGGACGAGUCUACCUUAUUCUUGAGGAUCAGGUGCUCCCGCAGACGCCCGAAAGGUUCCGUGAAGGCGAAUAACGUCUUAUUGCUGAGGGGCUUCCUGUCGUAUUUAACCACCACCACUCUGCUCCUCAACUGUGAAAACAUCUCACAUCUUCCAUCACCAAAAUCACAUCCGCCUCAUGAAACUCUUCAUGUUCUCCCACACUGACCAUGUUUUGUCCUGACUGGUUCUUCCCCGACAGACCAGGACCCAUACCUGAGCCUGACACACACACACAGUCAGUAUAUUAAGCUAGAUAUUCUUCUUGACCAUGGAAAGAUCCGUGUCUCACCCCAAUUGGACAUCAUCCCUGCUGCCGGCCCAGGCCCCGAGGGGGGUGGUCCAAGUAGUCCCGCAGACAUGUUAGUGGACUCCAUGAGGCUGUUGGAGAACAGAGAACAUGAUGAUGAUCCUUGAAGAUGUUGAGUGAUGUGUGUGGAGGUGUUACCUUCUGCCAGAAGCCACACUGGGGUCCCACUCUGGAUACCUGCAGAGUCACAGGGUGGUCAAUACAAAGUGUGCACGUCUGUGUGUGCGUGUGUGUGUGUGUGUGUGUGUGUGUGUGCGCGAGACACUCACAUGUUGAGCAGCACUCGUCUGUUCUCGGCAUGUCGCAAGCCAUUUGUGUGUUGGUUCCACUCCUGCACGCACACGCACACAAUCAGCACAAGCGCUCACUUUGCCGUGGCAACCGCGUGUUCCCGGCUGUGUGUAGCAGUUGUGUUUAUAAAGUGUGCUUUAGCAUUAAGUGUGCAAGGACAAGUCAUGACAGGAAGAGGACAAAACAGGAUGGAGAAGCGACUGAGGUCCCGUGUGACUGCGGCGAACGGCGUGGCGGUACUCACCAUGGUGGAAUGCACAUCAAAGUCGCAAAGUGAGCACACGUGGGGAAACAUGGAGGGCAGGACUCCCAAGAAGUCUUGGACUUUUCCUUGUGACGGGGAGCCCUUCCUCCUCUGCAAAAAGCCAGGCUCGGACAGAGACGCCCCCUGCAGGCUGCCGUAGGAGUCGUGGCGUGAAGGCUCAGAAGGGAACCUCCCUCUGUUCCCGCCUCCAUAAUUCAGGCCCAGCCCACGGUUGAGGGAGACCUCCUGCUGGGAAGUGAAGCCAAAGUCUGACGGGCCAGAACCUUGCCCUAAAGACGUCCCGCCCAUCCUGCCCACAUUGUCCCAACCGCCACCUCUGUAGGACUUAUCUGACGACAUGGAGGAUGCUGCCCCCCGCCCCGUGUCCACCUUACGGUUCUUGAGCUGCAUGAUGAUUUGCGGCAGAGUCUCCACACUGAUGUCCUCCUCUGGAAUCUGAGCCAGAGCAUCCAGAUCCGAGGGCGACAGCCCCAAGCUGGCAAAAAGCUUCAUGGUGCUGCCAAGAUUGCCGCCGCCGCCACCACCACGGGACAUGCGGGAGCUGCUCUCCUGGCCCUCCAUGCCACCGCCCACCCCUGAAGCCCCGCCCACCAGCUGAUUCAUGCCGAAGUUUAAAGUCUCUGCAGCGGCAAGGAGCCCCCGACCCACGCCGAAGCCUUGUUGAGUGCCGUCCAUCUGCGACCUCUGAGACAUGGCGUCACAAGGCGUAGAUGCUUGCGAGGGUCAAAAUGUUCUGGGAGGCAAGAGGAUGAGAAAAGUUCAAGAUGUGUCCGGUGGGAAGGAUCCUAUCAAGUUGAAGUCUGGAGCAAAGAGGGAAGUGCGGUCCUGAAAAACAGUUAAGGACAAGUAGACAUUGUGGUCUUCGUGUCCACAAAGACCACCAACACUUUGACGUGCACGCACACAGCCAUGGAAGCUACUGAGCGACAGUUAGCUAAAGAAGCAGGCC